AGAGGAGGAGGAGGCUGGGGAUUGUUUGGGUCGAGUGAGGACCUUGACACCUGACAGGCACCGUACAGGUCGCCAGCAUGUUCUCCAGUAAGUUCGGCCGGGCCAUGCUGGGGCUGUGCAGCCGGAAGCGGAGCUCUGUCUGCGGGUCGGGACGGAGCGGCUUCAGCUGGACUGCGGUGCGUGAGGAGCGCACACGGCGGCUGCAGAGGGGCGCCGCUCCGGGGAGCGAGCACCGGGCUCCGCACCGUCAAACCUGUGCUCGGUCAGCCUCUCAGUCCACAGUGGAUCCAGAUGAGGUGAAGCGGUUCCAGGCGUUGGCCAGCAAGUGGUGGGACGAACGGGGGGAAUUUGCAGCUCUUCACGCCAUGAAUGACCUGAGGGUGCCGUUCGUACGGGAUAAUUUGCUGAACGUGCACCGAGCGUGUCACCCCGGGAAGCCUCUGACUGGACUGAGGAUCCUGGAUGUCGGCUGUGGAGGAGGCCUGCUCACAGAGAUGUCAAGAGAUGCACGUGUUUUGAACACAAGAGACACGACUGAGAGGACGACAGUCCAUUUCUACCUGUGUGUGUACCAGGGAAAUUCAGGCCACUGCUUGAAACCGCUGGGCCGCCUGGGAGCCAGCGUGCUGGGCAUCGAUCCAGUGGAGGACAGCAUCCGCACGGCGCAGCUACAUUCCUCCCACGACCCGGACCUCCGAGAGCGGGUGUCCUACCAGGCCUGCACCCUGGAGCAGCUCUCUGGGAGAGAAGUCGGCGAGGAGGAGCAGGAAUCGGCCCGGUUCGAUGCCGUGGUGGCGUCCGAGGUGGUGGAGCAUCUGGCCGACCUGGAAACGUUUGCUUUCUGCUGCAGCCACGUGCUGAAGCCGGGUGGCUCGCUCUUCAUCACGACAAUAAACAAAACCAACCUGUCGUACGCUUUGGGGAUCGUGGCGGCCGAGCAGCUGCUGCGCCUCGUUCCCAGAGGGACGCACGACUGGGAGAAGUUCAUCAGCCCAGUGGAUCUGGAGCGCCUCCUGGAGUCCAAUGGUUUCUCGGUAGAGUCUGUCAAAGGAAUGCUGUACAACCCGGUGUCAGGAGCCUGGUCCUGGACCAACAGCACUGCCAUCAACUACGCUCUGCACGCUGUCAAAGUGGCCGACGAAAUCGACCACAGCGGCUUCGACCCGCAGACUCACGCUGCAGCCACGCACGGCUGAAACACCGCAUCGAAGAACAAGGCGGAGAAUCAAAACAUACUGUGAAGGAUCGAGGCCUGACAUCCCACCGGACAGAUGUGACGUAACAUCCCCGCUUAUUGGAGGGAAGAGACAGAUGUGCCAUUGUCGGCCAACCGCGCUCACAAUGAGACCACACUGUGCUGCUGCAGUGAAACAGAAGGUUGAACCAAUUUGAUGUUUGAUUUCAUGUGCAAAGCAGCUGUUCCUCCUUUUAUUGUGUGUUGAGCUGCUCCACCAUGCUUCAGCAUUUCAAGAAUGAUAAAAAAAUAAAUGUAUGC